GAAGCUGACAAGCUCUGUGCGCUGGUCGGGAACGCAAAUCGCGUAGUGUUGUCAAGGCCUCACUGUUCAUUUCAGGGCCUGAAAGCUUCACAAUUAUUAUGGGCAAUUGUUGUGGUUGCUGCGAGGGAGACAAGCCCAACAAAGGAGGACAAGGCGGGUACGCAACUUUUCAGGGGAGCGCACAAGGUGGAUCUGGUGAGACCGAGAAGGACCGGGCGGCCCGCCUCUUAGCGGCGGAACGGGCAGAGCAGAGGCAAAAGCAGUUUGAGCAGAGCGCAGUCGGGAAGGCUGCCUACAGGCAACCUAACAAGCAACAGAAGCAAGAACACACUCCCGGACCAGCUGCCAAGCUUGAAGACCCCAAGUCGCAGUAUGCCGUCUUGGGUGUCUACUUAUCUGUGCAGGAGGUCAAGGACGCCAAGAAAGCGGGCGGAGGAAAUACUGGCCAGCCCACAGCUGCCGACUGGCGGGACUAUCAUGCUCCUCGCAGCAACAGGCCGUCCACCGUAUUAGCAGGCUGGUGCAACACGCCCUUUCCAUCGGCUACCAUGCAAGGCAGGAAGCGCCACCCAGCACCAAGCAGGCGCUUCAUGACGCGCCACCCUUCCCCCACUCCUCCUUCCAAGCAGGAGGGUCAGUCGUUCCACUGACGCAACGAACCCCGCUGACUUGAUACUAGGACAGCAGCCCACAAGGCACAUAUUGGGAGCGCUAGAAGGAGGUGCCUUGCAUUAAGCCAACGAGCAGCUCCACAGUGAUACAGACCGGCAUGCAAAUCGCAGGACGUCGCCUACCCCUGGCACGUGACUUUUCCUGACCCCUUCGGGUCUACCGCGACUGGUCUAUUCGUCAGCCAUGGCCCUACAGUUUAUCAACGCCGACCCUAUUACCUACUUGACCGGUAUCAGCCACCGUGCACAAUGCAUGAGAAGAUGGUUGGUUGGGUCCCGCGC